GAAAUGCUACCAACAGUGAGAAGCCAGUGGAUUUCAUGUCAAGCUUAAAUGGUUUAUGGCAUGCAUCCAGACAGUACAUUCAUCCAUUGAAGAAAGAAAGAACACAUUAUAUAAGUAACUACAGAUCGACAGAAUAACACCUGACAUACCAAUAAAUAUUGUGGUUGUACCGAAUCUAUUCCAGUGAAGAUUUUCUGUUACUGCAAAAAUGUCAAAUCAGCUUGAAAGCUUUGUAGCAGAUAAAAAAGAAACUAUUGAAAAUGUGAUGGAGAUUCUUCAACAAGGAGCAGAAAUUCUUGCUAGCACAGUAGGAGAGCUGUUCCCUAUUUUCCAGAUUGCUGCACCAAUUGUUCAACUUGCUUUGGACAACGUGGACAGUAAUGAGGCAAAGUAUGUUAAAGAACAGUUUCAAAUUGUAAAAGAUAAGAUUGAGGUACUCACAGAAGAGUUAGAAGACAUAGCCAAGGAGAUAGCCAAAAGCAAGAUUGACCUGAAGUACUCCAUAAUUGAAGAAACACUUGAGAGCCAGUUUAGAAAGUACAUGGAUAUCCUUAAUGCCAAACCACAGUUUAGAGAUGUCAAGAAAAAUCUUUUUCUUGAUCACUACAGCAAAAGUGGGGGAAGUAAAAACCUUUACACUCUUUAUGAUGCAGUAAUGGGAAAUAACAGCUUUGGAGAAUCCAUUCUGGACAUUGCAGUGAGAUAUGAGCAAAACAACCGUCGAGUGAUGGAAGAUUUCUGUGCAAGGCUCAAGAAACUAUUUUGCCUUGGUCUGAUUGCUCUUAUGGGUCAUGCAGCCGUCAUUGGAGAUGACCAUGAAGCUGUAGCAAAGAAGUGGCAUGAGAAGAUGCAGGAUGUUGAAAACAAGAUGAAAGAUGUGAUUAACAACUGCAUCGAGUCUUUUGCAGAACAGGCCCAAAGGGAUACAGAGAAACUUAUUAAAGACAGCAAUGGCAGGAGUAACAGGCAAUUAGCAAAAUACAUCCAUAAUUUCUUAAAGAAGAAGUAUGAUUGGAUUAACUGGUCUGUGCGUGUCUAUAACCACUCCAGCAGCUGGCAGUCAAAGGAAAAAUAUCACUUUCUGGUUGGCAAAAGUCAGCUGGAAAACUUCAAAGUAAAUAACUCUCAUGUUGUUAUUUCUUAUACAAGCAAGCCACAGCCCAUAGACAAGGAUGAAAUUCGGCAGCUAAUGGAAGGCCUAGACAAGAAAACAGAUGAUAGUGCCAGAGUUGUAGAAUAUAUCAAUGAAAACAUGCCAGGCUGUGUCAUACAUGCUGUUGCUCGCUACAGGGACAUAUGGGCUGCCUGGAAUUUUCCUGAGGAGUGUUAUUACUGGGAAAACUAUAGGAAUGUUACUUUGUAUGUCCAUUCAGAAUAGGCAUCACAUUUCUGCUCCUUUUUAAGUAGCUAUCAUUGAUCAGCAAUGAUACAUCAGUGGAAUAAAGCGGCAUUCAACAGCACAGUGAGUAUAAUAGUUGAAAUCCUUGCUGCAAAUAAUGGAGACUUAUGGGGGAACCUAUGAAUAAAAUGAGCUUAAUGAUCUGAUAUAUGGACAUUUUUCUUAGGUCAUACAGUUGUAUAAACACUUUCUGCGUUGUUUGAAACACUUCACAGUUCAUUAUAUAAAUGCAUGAAUAAUAUAAAUAAUAGGUGCCCAGGCUUUAUUCCUCUCAGGUGAUUGAAUUCAGUUCAGGUUAGGUAUCCUCAUCUGCAUUAACACUAUGUGAAAUGUUUAUAACUUUAUCCGUAUAAAUGCUUCUAGAACUGAUUAGCUUUACUGGCCAAGUGAAUGAGUUUAGUUAAGUAAUUUAUAGACAUGACAUAGUUUCUAAUAUUAAUUUUAGAUAAAGUUCAGACUAUUUUCAUUGUAUAUGUUUCCAAUUUGAAUAAAAUGAUGUAAAUGAAUUUUAGUAUUGUGACUCAAAUAAAUUCGUUAAUCAUGACCUUUUCUUAAAUUACCAUUCCCAUAACACCUCAGUCUUUAUGCUGUGUGCUACUGUUCAAACAGAAGAUAGUACUAAAGUUAGUGUGCUAAAAUUCACUGUGAAACAACCUUCAGGCCUCUCGACUGCACCUAUUUUUGAGCUAUGUACUAAUUUUCGGGACUGAUUUAGCCCUUUACACGAAAGACCUAUUUUUGGAGGUAUGUUCCUAUUUUCAGCCUUGCUUUACCCCUGCACAUAAUUAUUUGAAUUGUCCCUUCCAUACAUGUUGAAGCUGUUUAGUAUAUAAGAAAUAUGUCUAUA